AUGCCCGUCGUUCAAGCGAACAGCGCGACGAUCAAGGUCAUCGGCUGCGGAGGCGGUGGCGGAAACGCCGUGAACCGAAUGAUCAAGAGCGGGAUCCAAGGCGUGGAGUUCUGGAGCUUAAACACGGACGCGCAGGCACUCGUCCAGAGCGAGGCGGACAACCGCAUUCAGAUCGGUAGGGACACCACGCGCGGUCUCGGCACGGGGGGGAACCCCGAGCUCGGGAGAGCCGCGGCGGAGGAAUCCAUCAACGAGAUCACCGAAGCCGUCGCCGGCGCGGACCUGGUGUUCAUCACCGCCGGCAUGGGCGGCGGGACCGGGUCCGGGUCCGCCCCGGUCGUCGCGCGCAUCGCGAAAGACGCGGGGACGCUCACCGUCGGCGUCGUGACGCAGCCGUUCUCGUUCGAGGGACGGCGUCGACAGGAGCAGGCCAAGGCGUACAUCGAACAGAUGCGCGCGAACGUGGACACCCUGAUCGUCAUCCCGAACGACCGCCUUCUCGACGCGGUGAAGACGAACACGCCGCUGCAGCAGGCGUUCUUACUCGCGGACGACGUACUGAGGCAGGGCGUGCAGGGCAUCUCGGACAUCAUCACGAUUUCCGGUCUCGUGAAUGUCGAUUUCGCGGACGUCUCCACGGUGAUGCGAGACAGCGGCACCGCGAUGCUCGGCGUCGGUCAAGCGCAGGGCACGGACCGCGCGGUGGAGGCGGCGAUGGCUGCGAUUUCCAUGCCGCUCAUCGAGCACUCGAUCGACUUGUGCUCCGGGAUCGUGUUCAACAUCACGGGAGGAAAGGACUUAUCGCUGCAGGAGGUCAGCGCCGUGAGCGACGUCGUGACGUCGAUGGCGGCGCCGGACGCGAACAUCAUCUUCGGCGCGGUCGUGGACGAGAACUUCACGGACGGCAUCGCGGUGACGAUCAUCGCGACCGGGUUCGAUCUCCCGGAGGAGAACCAACCGCCCCCGCGGGGGCAGAGGCGCGGCGACGGCGGGCAAUUUCCGCCUCCGCCCCCGCAGAACGUCGGGGCGGCGUUGCCGUGGAACCAGAGGGGCGGGGGGGCGUCUCCGCCGAGAGGAGGCGGCAGCUGGUUGAACCGACGCUAA